AUGUCUGAAGAAGGAAAAUGCCCCUCGUAUCCGGUUCGGGGCUUGACAAUAUCCGGAGACCCUAUUCCCACAGCGGCGACACCGGGCUGUGGUGAGUCGAAUGUUACUGGCACCCGAGUUAGUCAGGUGGUAGCACCGGGCCUGUCUAAUUCGCAAGCUACUGGAACAACAACAACAACAACAAAACUCGCAAGCAGCCGGCCCAAGCUGGUUGCUUGUAAACCAAUCCCUCCCACCAAACCUUCAGUUGUGGGAAAGGUCCCAAGCGGUGAGGUACCUCUGCCCGUUGUGGCUAGUACCUCUGCAGCCGCGAGAGCAGCCCUAGCUGAUCAAAAGUCAGCCUCUUCCCUUCCUUCGGGUGACAAAAAAGUCUCCUAUGUGCCACCUUGUGCAAAAGAGGAAUCGUCGACCCCGAUGUCGGGUUCCUCAUCCGCACCUCCCCCUACGCUGGAAAAGUCGUCGAACUCGAUGUCGGGCUCUUCUAGCGUACCAGCAGAUUCCCAACGGCACAAAACCCCUUCCCGUAGGGCUUUUGCACAUCGGCUCGCCGCCGAACGCAUUGUUGAGCGACAUGGCGCCAAGCCCAACAAUGUAUUGUCAAAGGACGAGAAAUCGUCUCUUGAAUGGUCCAAAAAUAUCCUGGCUAGACAAUAUGACUCAGAUCCUCCAGCCAAAGCAGUAGUGGCGAAGUCUGCUGCUGAGGCGCCUAAACGGCAAAGAUCAGAGGAAGAGUCCCCUUCGUAG